UUAUGUGCAAUUGUUUCUCAGACCAUUCAGUACCCAACAAACACAAGAUAGUACAGUUGGCCAAAUAUGGAGAAAGCAAUUCAAAGACAGAGGGUACUGCUUGAGCAUCUUCAACCCAGUUCUUCAAGUUUGAUUUUUUCGCGCCAAGCCCAUCAUCAAUCUACAGAUCUCUCAGCUUCAUCAUGUUUUGCUGGGAAUUCUUCACAUGGGCAAAGGGGUGGAUCAGAAGAUGAUGUGGUGAUUGUAGCGGCAUAUCGAACUGCCAUUUGCAAAGCAAAACGUGGAAGCUUUAAGGAUACUCUUCCAGAUGAUCUUCUUGCCUCAGUUCUGAAGGCUGUGAUAGAGAAAACAAAAGUAGACCCAGCAGAAGUUGGAGACAUUGUUGUGGGUACAGUACUCGCCCCUGGAUCAGAUAGAGGAAUUGAGUGCAGAAUGGCUGCCUUUUAUGCAGGUUUCCCAGAUACUGUGCCUCUUCGAACUGUCAAUAGGCAAUGUUCAUCUGGACUGCAAGCAGUUGCCGAUGUAGCUGCUUAUAUAAAAGCUGGUUUCUAUGACAUUGGUAUUGCGGCUGGAUUGGAGUCUAUGUCACAUGACACUGUGAAUAGGCUUAGAAACAUUAACCCGAAGGUAGAAACCUUUGCACAAGCCCGGGAUUGUCUUCUUCCUAUGGGAAUAACUUCUGAGAAUGUAGCACAGCGCUAUGGUGUGACAAGGCUAGAGCAAGAUCAAGCUGCUGUUGAGUCUCACAAGCGUGCUGCAGCUGCAACAGCAUCCGGUAAAUUCAAAGAAGAAAUCAUUCCAGUUUCUACAAAGUUUGUGGACCCUAAAACUAGAGUGGAGAAGAAAAUUACUGUUUCUGUUGAUGAUGGUAUCCGGCCAAACACAAAUAUAGUGGAUUUGGCAAAGUUGAAGCCUGCAUUCCAGAAAGAUGGAUCGACAACAGCUGGGAAUGCUAGCCAAAUCAGUGAUGGUGCAGGAGCUGUGCUCCUCAUGAAGAGAAGAGUGGCUGUACAAAAGGGGCUUCCNUUUUCUACAAUAUUCUAG